UAUCCAUCAACCACCUCCAAUCAAACCAAACCACACAAUGCGACCCCUCUCGCCCGUCCUCGCCUCCCUGGCGAACGUCUUCAGGAUUCCCAUCUCGCAAACCUUGGCCCGUCCGGCUAUCGUCCCCGGGCCUGUCACCGCUGCUGCGCAGCCGGCUGCGGCGCGGACGUUUUCGAGUACCAAUGCUUUGUUGAAGAGGAAGGGGGGGUUGAAGACUGAUCGGAGGAUUACCCUAAUCCGCUACUUCCUCCACCACCCCCUCACGCCCCGCCCCCUCCGCUUCUCCCGAACCCGCUACCUCCGCCACUGGACGAUCCACCGCGCCUGGCAACUCUUCCAGAACCAGCAGCGCCGCACGCAGACGCUGGAACUCGAGCGCCAGUGGCACGCGAUGAACGCCGCGUGCGAGGAGCUGCGCACGGGCGCCGGCGAUGGCGGCCGGCUGUUCCGCAAGUCGAUGAACAAGCGGGGCGUGUUCCGCGAUAUGUUCCCCAUUGAGUAUGGGCGGUUGCAGACAGAGACGCCGGCGCAGGAGGGGUGGAAUCAUGGGUGGGUGAGGCCCGAGAGGAGGUGAUCUUUCUUUUUUCUUAAGUUUUCUAUAUCCGAUUGAUGUAUUGUUUUUGGGGUGGGUGGGGUGAGUGAGUGUGUCUAUAGAUAGGGUAUCUUAUUGUCUGUUGGACAGUGUUCUGGCUGGGUCUUUCUUUUUGCUGUGUACUAUAAUUUAUUGUACUUGUCUGUUUAUCAUAUCUGGCUCAUGGACUGGUACUCAU